CUCAAGAACAUCAACCGAUUCACUUGCGCUCUCUCUCUCAUCCCUCUCGGCGGCCGGAACGCCGCGAAAUCAAGAACUGCCCGUUCGGUUUCUUGCACCGUCGGGUUUCGGAAAAGUUUUGAUCUUUUACAUCUUCAGCUCCGGCGCGCCGCCGGCCGACGACUGAAUGGAGAAGAUAUGGGACGUAAUGCAUGGGCUGAAACCGGCGUUCUUGAUGGUGUUGGUGCAGGCCGUUUUCGCCGGCGUUAAUGUUCUCUACAAGAUCGCCGCCUCCGAUGGGAUGAACCUUAGCAUCCUUGUCUGCUACCGGUUCCUCUUCGCCGCCGGCUUCAUCGCUCCGGUGGCUCUACUGGCUGAAAGAAAGAAGCGGCCGAAGUUGACAUGGACUGUUGUAUUGCUUGCAUUUAUCUGUGGACUGUUUGGAGGAUCACUCGGGCAGAAUUUGUAUUUACAAAGUUUGGUAUAUACUUCAGCAACUUAUGCAACUGCCAUUUUUAAUCUCAUCCCUGGGAUUACAUUCAUUGUUGCAGUCACAUUUAGGUUGGAGAAGUUGGGUUGGAAGACAGCAUCAGGGAGAGCAAAGGUUUUGGGGACACUGUUUGGGAUUGGUGGGGCAAUGCUACUGACCUUUUACAAAGGACCAGAACUUAACCUAUGGAAAACCAACAUUCACCUAUUGCACACCUCACCAGACAAACCCAUGGUUCAAAGUAAGCCCUUUUUGGGAACCAUUUUGGCCUUGGCUGGUUGCCUUUGCUACUCCUGCUGGUUGAUUCUCCAGGCCAAGGCGGCUGAGCAUUACCCAUGCCCUUACUCAUUCACCGCUCUAACGAUGAUAUUGGGAUCAAUACAAGCUUUCGGGUAUGCAAUUUGUAAGGAAAGAGAUUGGAGCCAAUGGAAGUUGGGGUGGAAUAUUAGACUCCUAGCUGCUGCAUAUGCUGGAAUCCUUGGUUCUGGGCUGAUGUUUACAGUCAUAGCAUGGUCCGUGCGCAUGAAAGGCCCCGUUUACGUUUCGGUCUUCAACCCGUUGAUGCUCAUCAUGGUGGCAAUUGCUGGUUCCUUAUUCUUGGAUGAGAGGCUGCACCUUGGGACUUUGCUGGGAGCUGGUCUAAUUAUAACAGGACUAUACACAGUGUUGUGGGGAAAAGGGAAAGAGAUAAAGAGAGUGAGCCAGCUUGUUCCAGCAGCAGAAAAAGUCGGGCAGAUCGAAAUCGAUAUCCAUUCUCCAUCCCGCAAAGGUAGUAGCCGUUAUGGGAGUAGCAGGAAGUCUAGCAUGGAUAUAAGGGAGCGGCAGGAUGGGGAGGUGAUGGAAGAAGAUUCAAUUGAAGGUGGAAGGCCUUCUCUUACUGCUUCUGAAGUUCUUGGAGGCGUUUAUAUGUAUCAUUAAAGACAUGCAAUUGGAAUUUAUUAGAAGCUUUCUCUGUGUCUAAUUAAAGUGCAUGGGUUAUAUAUAUAUUAGCCGUUGGCUGCUGAAUUGAAAUGAAAUAUGACUGACAUUAAGCUCCAUGCAUGUCAAUUGUCAAGUUGUCAA